AAUGCAGCCCCAGCCUCCUGCAGGAAGCAGUGCCGUGCUUUUUCCCUUUGGGAUACUGCAGCCCUUGCCGAGCCAGCGGCUGCUCGGUGCCAUGCUGCACGCUGCUGAGGCUGUGCCGUCCCGCACCUGCCCCGGGCCAUGCUGACAGCCACGGCUUGCGUUCUACCCCCUCCUCGCUCCUUCUCCCGCCGCUGCUGAGGGCAGGAGCUCUCCGGAGACCUCCCACCCCGGGCCUCAUCCCUCUUUACCCGUGAUCGGAUCGCCCUGCGCCCGCCGGCCGCGCCGCCACUCGGCGGCUGGGAGGCGGCCGGGGGAGGUCGCACCCGCUCCAGGCCAAGGCGCCGGGGGCCGGCUCGAGCGCUCCGCGGCGCCUGCGGGGCUGCCACGCGCUGUUGUCCUGUGUGCUUAUCUGGAGAUGGGAGGCAUUGAUCUCAGGGAUCGGUCUGUGAUUGAACUGGGAGCUGGAACUGGAUUGCUGGGAAUAGUGGCCACGUUAUUAGGUGCCCAUGUCACCAUCACAGACAGGGCAGCAGCACUGGAGUUCCUGGAGUCAAAUGUUGAGGCUAACUUACCUUCUGAACUACGUCCGAGAGCUGUGGUGAAGGAACUGACUUGGGGAAGAGACCUGGAUAAGUUCCCCUCAGGAGCAUUUGACUUCAUCCUGGGUGCGGACAUCGUUUAUCUGGAGGAAACUUUUGCAGAGCUGCUGCAGACACUGGAGCAUUUGUGCUCAGAGCAAACUGUGAUUCUUCUUUCCUGCCGCAUCCGCUAUGAACGGGAUCACAGAUUCUUGAGGAUGCUGAGAGGCUGUUUCUCUGUAUCUGAGGUCCACUAUGAUUCCAAUAAGGAGGUUCAUAUCUACAAAGCACAGAGGGGUAGUCACAAGGAUGACUUUUGACUCUGUGCUUUGUUCGUAAACCACUAAUGCUGUUCAAUCCUCCCCUUAUUUCUACUUGAUAUACUUGUUCCUGAGCAUGUAAUUGCAAUUGUGUUAUUUCACUGGCUUCUUGUUCUGAUGGUCUUGUCUGAUCAUUUGAUCUGAUACAGCAAGGAUUGUACUUCUGCUUAUUGAAUCUCUGCUUCAUUUCUCGGUAGAGUUGUAUAGGGUCUUCCACUGACUUUUUAUCAAAUGUAAUGUUUGAAACUGAUGUAAGUUGCAGAAAUCUCCAGGCAUCAAAAAAAGUCAUCAAAAGAUUUGUUUAAAAAUCAAACCACACUCAAUUUCUGUGGGAAGCCUCAAAAGAAAUUAGAGUGGGGGUUUUCCCCGUAUCACUUCCUUAACUCUUGAAAAACAGAAGUGGAUAAAAUAUAUAAACUAAGACACGAGCUCUAAAUGCUCUAACACUUCAGGUAUUCUAUAAGUUGAAGGUUGUGGUAAAAGAAGCUACUUAAGGGAAAAACCAACAAAGGCAGCUGCUAUAAAGUGGUUCUGUUGCUGUCACUGCUGAACUGAAGAGGCAUAGGGAAACAAAGAACAAGAUCAGGGUGUGUGUGUAAAUCAAUAUUGCAGAGUAAAGCAACUUAAGAAAUCAGUGGUGUUUUUACCUGACUUGUAAGCAUGGAGGCUAUGCCUGCAGUACCAAAGCAGUCAUAGGUCUUGAGUUGUCCCUAACAAGAAACCUUGCUUUCGUACAGAUCAAGGCUCCUUUAAGCAUAUACACAUGGGCAUGUGCCAGCACAGAAAGUGAAACAAGGAGACACAAACUGUUCUUUAAAUAUCAAAUCAAUCGUUGAUUCGCAAAGUACUGGUAAAUCAUGUUCUGUCUGUCUCUGUGGCUCACUGUCUCCAAGAGCUGUUAUUUAGGAGCAUAGGGUGCUGCUGUAAAGAUUUUGUAACUGGGGAGUACCUACUCUUGUAUUACUUGGGAACAGUGUCUAGAUGUCUGUGUGCUUUCUGGGCACAGUGUUCUAAGUAAAUGAUCUCAUACCUUGA